AUGAAUUUACUAGAAUGGAUUGUCGCCAUCAUAAUAAUAACAGAAUUUCUCUUAGGAAACUGUGCCAAUAUUUUCAUAAUUCUAGCGAAUGCCAUUAACUGUAUCAAGAGAAGAAAGUUCUCCUCCACUGACAGAAUGAUAACUGCUCUUGCCAUCUCCAGAAUUGGCUUGCUCUCAGGGAUGUUAUUGAAUUGGCAUUCAACUGUGUUCACUGCAGAUACAUACAAUGUACAAAUAAGAGCUUGGGGUCGCAUUAUCUGGACUGUAACCAACCAUUUUAGCAAUUGGCUUGGGACCAUGCUCAGCAUGUUUUAUUUGUUCAAGAUAGCCAAUUUUUCCAACCCUCUAUUUCUUCACCUAAAAAGAAAAAUUGAGAAGGUUCUUCUGGUAAUAUUUUUGGGGACUUUCCUGGUUUUUGUUUCUUAUCCUGGUAUGGUGAACAUCAAAAAGAUUGGUUGGGGGAGUGAUUAUGAAGAAAAUGUGACUUUGAAGAACAACCUGAAGGACAUUACAAGCCUUGCAGACAUACAUAUCUUUGGCCUGAUAAAUAUCAUACCAUUUUGCAUAUCACUAACAUGUGUUCUGCUCUUAAUCUACUCCCUAGUCAAACAUCUCAGGAAUAUGAAACACCACAGCAAAGGAUGUCAAGAUCCUAGUACCAUGGUCCACAUAAAGGCCUUGCAAACUGUGAUCUCCUUUCUUGUGUUAUAUGCCACAUAUGCUCUCUGUGUAGUUAUAGCAGGUUGGAGCUUACAAAAUUCACCAGUCUUCUUAUUGUGCAUGGCAAUUGGUGCUGUUUACCCAAUAGGUCAUUCUUUUAUCUUGAUCUGGGGAAACCAGAAGCUGAAACAAUCCCUUCUGUUGUUUCUAAAGCAGGUGAGAUGCUGA